AUGGCGAGCGUCCACUUCUCAUGGUCCGACAGUCUGCAGGCGGCGUUCUCGUCUUGUCUUUUCUGCUUCAAGUCCUCCGAAUCUGACCAGGAUGAUCUCGACAACUCACGACCUCGUAAUGCCCUGAUAAACACUGCCCCGCCACCGCGUGCACGCCCCGACGAGCUCGAGGGGCUGCUUGCGGACUCCGACUCUGCUGACGCCGAGACCAUGUCUUUGCACUCAAAUAUUGGCGACGAGCGGCGGCGUAGGAAGCGACGCCGCCCGCGCAGGGGUAUAAGACUCUUCGGCUACGACCUCUUUGGCCGCUCUCCGAUCCAGUUGCCAGAGUCGGACGACGAGGAUCCACAUAGCCGAGGUGUGCGCCGCUCACGCACAAUCUCAUCAUCCACGUCCCUCGAUUCGGAUGCUGCGCCCAUUGAUCCAUCCACCCUCGACGAGACGUACGUUGCCCGUCUGGCGGCGGCAACGGCGGCUGCAGAGGAAGAGCAGCGACGCGCGAAGGAGGAGCGGCGGCGUCUGCGCAAGGAGAGGAAGGAGCUGAAGAAGAUGGCGCUGGCCAUGGCCAUGGGUAUGCACGCCACCGCAAAUCAAGAGCAGUUUGAAGGUAUCCCGGGGAGCGGGCCUAAUGCCGUCUCCGAGCUAGGGUCAGGGUCAGGAUCUGCCACAAGCUCGCCCUUCGUCGAUGACUUCGGGCCGUUCAUGCAAAGCCAAACCGUGGCUGCGCUGGACGACGACGACGCAGACGCAGACGGUGCCGAUUUUGGCGCUGAAUCUUACGCGCGCCGCCCAACGCAAGGUGGUUCUUCUGGGGGCAUCGGGUCAGAUUCGCGAUCCCGCACCUCCGGCUCCGGGUCGCGUUCGCGUGCAGGCUCGGUCCAAUACAGCCAGCAUCAUCUCUCGCAGGGCCAGCAAUCGUCUGCAGACCCCGCACAGAAGCAACGGAAGCGGCGAUUGACGCGCUCGAAGUCCCUGUCCUCGAAGCAGUCCGAGUCGACGUCGGACCCCACCUCGCAGUCCAUCUCUCUACCGUCGCCCCCCGCGGACCGGGCGGCAUUCGCGCAGCCUGAUGUGGCCAGCCUGAGCGUGCACCAUGAGGAGAAUGAGUUUGAGGGCUUCCAGGGCGGAACGCUAGACCUCGCGCUCGAGCAUGCGAACGCAAAGCAGGACGCAAAGGCGACCAACGCGGGUGCUCAGGACUUCCCCAGCGUUGGUUUACGGGGCGUGCAGCGGACCAAAAGCGAUAUGGGAGUGUUCUUGGCAAGGCGGGGGGAUGAGUGA